AUGGCAGGCUGUUCAACAUUGACUGCUAAAUAUUUAAAGCAAAUCGUUGAUGCAAGGGACACAAUGAUCAAUCGGGUGCAUAUUCAUUGGUGCUCGCAGACAGUGGGAAUUGAAGUUCACGAGGUCACAAAGGAAAAACCGGAAACAUUCUCAUUCAACGUUUCCGUGAUUCCUGGGGUGAAUCAUAUUGACAACGCUGUGAAGAAAUUUGAAAAAAUAAUCAGUAAACCCAACAACAAAAUCAAUCAUCUGAAAAUUGACUGGGUGCACAGUGAAGAAAAUCGAGCAAGUUAUGACGAACUGUUAAAAUCAUUGGCAGUCUCCUUAGCUGAUUUUGUUGAAAAAGUGCAUGUUGAAGAACUGACAAUCGAUGUUAUUGUUGUGGAACAUCUGGAGUAUCUUCUACGCUCCCUAAAGCCGGACAUUUUGAAAAGACUGUUUGCACUUCUCGCCUCUCAGCAAAGAAUAGAUCAUGAGAUUACAAUCAGCCACGACAUGGAAAACACAAAACAGAUGCUGGAGCCAUACAUUGAUUGUAGCAGAUUGACAACAUGUCGUGGAUACUACAUCCGAUCAAAUGAAAAAAGAUUGACAUUCGAGCUUACUCCUAAUUAUAUAAUUUUCAGUACUAUUUUUCAAAAUUCUUAA